AUGAAGGAGGCGAGUGUUGGGAAAGUGGUCGAAUUCCUGGUGCACGAGGUGUUUUACAAAUUUGGCGUACCUGAGGUAAUCCACUCCGACAAUGGGAAACAGUUCGUGUCGAAAAUAUUCCAAGACAUGAUCACGGCAUUCGGCAUUCAACACAUGCGUACCGCUGUAUAUUCACCACAGAGCAACGCAGCCGAGAGGAAAAUGAUCAUCGAGACUGGGACCUAUACUUACCGGAAAGUGUCGAUUCGUGAUUCCGUGCAUGAGGCCACGGGUGUAACACCGUUCUUUGCAGUAUUUGGACAACAGAUGUUCCUAAAUGGAAACUGCUACAAACUGGCAAGAAAACUGCAGUCUUUGACAGAACAUCAAAUAACGACGCUGGAUCCAGUAGAUAAGCGCCAACUUAUCCGCGAUCACAUUCGGGAGAAUCUCCAUCAGGCAUAUGAACGCAGCAGUCAGCGCUAUAACAAACGGGCGCGAGUUUUCCAUGCCAAGCCUGGCCAAGAAAUCUACAGACGCAAUUUCACUCAGAGCAAUUUUGGAAAGAUGUACAAUGCCAAGUUUGCUCGAAAAUAUGUGAAAUGCCGAGUCAUACGCCCUAUAGGGAACAAUGCCUACGAAUUGGAGGAUCUGGGGGGGAAGCCUUGGCCCCUCCUUACCUUUCAAAACUUUGUGCAACAGGCAGCCCUCAUCCAGAUUUCGGAACCCGGGUUGAAUGACAUCACGAUACACGUCAGAGCCCAACACCAGGCAUAUAGUCGCCGGGCGAACAAACUGUUCAUCAGCGAGACGGAUAUCGUUGAAUCUAGCGCGAACAUCGUCGGCUAG